AUGGGGGAUCUAAAUGAAAUUUUGUUCCAUCAUGAGAAACCGGGUGGGAAUUGUAGACUAGAGAGACAGUUGGCAGAUUUUCGAGCAGUAUUAGAGGACUGUGAUUUGCGAGAUUUGGGUUUUCACGGUUAUAAAUUUACUUGGUCAAAUCGAAGGGAAGACCAUCAUGGUGUUAGUGAAAGACUUGACCGUUUCUUAGCAAAUUCAGCGUGGUGUAAUUCUUUUCCAAAUGCAAGAGUUAGCCAUGGUGUUGUGGCUUAUUCUGACUACUUACCCAUUUGGGUUGAAUUGGAGGGGGAGGUUGUGAUUUCUAGAACUAAAAGGCCUUUUCGUUUUGAGGAAAUGUGGGUGGGGGCUAAAGAUUGUGAAGACAUUAUUAAAGCACAAUGGAGAAGGUGCAAUACCCAGCCCACUAUGGAGGAUGUUAUGAGUAUGAUUAGAGAGUGUGGGGUAAAAUUGGAUGCAUGGAGUAGGCAUACUUUUGGUCAUGUUCAAAAGGAGCUUUAA